AAGACACUAAUAUUUUACAGGCCGACCUAAAGAAAAUCUCACUUUGGUGCGAGCAAUAGCAAAUGGAAAUUAAUGUUUCUAAAACUAAAACAGUGACAUUUAGCAGAGCCAGUAACGUUCACUUAAGUUCAUAUUUUAUGAACAGCAUAUGCAUAGAGAAUGUGUCUACAUUAAAAUAUUUGGGAGUCCAUUUAACUUCUAACCUUACAUGGAAUGAUCACAUUGAUGAAAUAAUUUCGAAAGCGAAUAAAACACUUGGAUUCAUUAGGCGAAAUUUGUAUUUAGCAAAUGAGUCAACUAAAUUAUUAGCUUACACAGCUCUAGUUCGCUCAAAGAUUGAAUACGCUUCCAUAAUAUGGAAUCCAAAUCAGACUUACCUAAUAAACAAGCUGGAAUCUUUACAAAAUAAAGCAGCACGCUUCAUCACUAAAACAUACUCUAGAACAUCCAGCAUCACGGCUAUCAAAGAGUCCCUCCAAUUACCGUCCCUAGAAACACGACGACUGUUAGCACUGCUUUCCCACUUCCACAGAUUGUAUCAUACCCCGUCAUCCUUUACAGCAUCCCAUAUCAAACCCCCACAAAAAUGUUUUCCCCGCCUCGACCAUCCCUUCAAAGUGCGUCCCAUGUUUGCACGUACGAAUCUCCUGCGACAAUCACCGCUCUUUCUAGCUAUUCAUCACUGGAAUAAGCUGCCAAAAGAAAUUGCUUCUAUACGUGAUCAUGACUCAUUUGUUAGUAAUUUGAAGCGGAGUUUUACGCAUGUUGGGUAAAAGCAGAAUUUUAUGCCUUUGACGCAUUUUAAGUGUAUCUACAUGCUUUGUACGGAGUGUUGUUGUUGUUGUUUUCAUCAUGUAUGCAAUUCUCUUUCCUUUUUUUCUUUUUAUAUUUUCUUGUUGUAUUCGGUGAUCUUUACCACGGUGUUCUAUAUUGCCUUCCCCCCCCCCUAAUUGUGUUUGAAAUAUCCUGUUGUUAACCCCCCCCCCCCCUAUGUAAUGCCCAUAAGGGCCUUUAGGGUAUCUGAAUAAAAAAAAAAAACUUGUGCCUGAGAAUUACGUAAGCAAAAGGGAUCUGAAAAAAAUUGUGAGGCUAAGCAGUUCUGUAGGUAACUAGCGACACAAACCUGUCACGACCCUUUCUCUGAAACUAUAGCACGAAAAGGAAUUCCUUGUUUAUGGGUCUUGGCAGAGAAAAACAGUUCUAAGGUGAGGGAUUUAGCUUUCUUGACAUUACA